AUGGAAGAUAAAUCGAAUAGUACAACUGACAAUGUUUCAUUAAAUAACAACAUCAACAAUGAUGAUAUUCAUGAAAAUUUAUCAUCGCCGUACCAUUAUAUUGAUUUUAUACAAUCAAAUAAUGAUGAUGAUGAUGAUGAGAAAACAUCUGAACCGAUCGCUGAACAAGCAGAUGAUUCAGAACUUAAUGUGAAUCACACAACUACAGACAAUAAUCAACAGCAAAUAAAAAAGAAAAAACAUAUUAUGAUUAGCUAUAAUCAUGCAUCAGCAUCAGAUAUUGCACAAAAAAUCUAUGAUCGUCUCACGGUAAAACGAGGUACAAAGCGAUGGCCAGUUUGUAUUUUCUAUGGGAUGAUAGACAUUGCUGCCAUAAAUGCUCUGAUUGUCUGGAAAGUGAAAAAUCCUCAAUGGAAUCAGAAUACAAAUCAUAAACGUCGAUUAUUUUUGGAAGAAUUAGGAUUAGCACUGGAACGACAUUAUAAUGUAUGGUUCGAUAAGAAAGAUCUACACGGUAGUGUACUUGAUAGCAUGGGUGAGGCAGUCGAAAAUUCUUAUGUUGUUCUUCUAUGUAUAACUGAUGGUUAUUCUAAAAGUGCCUUUUGUACAAAAGAAGCUAAAUAUGCUGUUGAAAGAAAAAUUCCCGUUAUUCCUUGUAUGGUUGAAAAAACAUUUCGUCCAUCCGGUGGUCUUGGUAUCAUUAAAUCUGAUCUCAAGCAUAUUGAAUUGUUCGAUGAAGAUAAAUUUGAUGAAAAAUUCGAAGAAUUAAUUGAUGAAAUCAAUGCAAUUGAAAUAGGAUUAGGCAUAAAAUCUGCAGCACCUAUUAUGGAUAUGGAUUUCCGUGAUCAUUUCAAUGCUUUUAUUUCUGAUCACAUAGAAUCCAUUAGAAAUUGUUAUCUUCGUCGAGAAAACCUCACUGAAAGUGAAUUUGGUACAAUUCUCUAUAAACUUAUUCAAGCAUUUUCUCCUGAAACUUUAGAAUCGUUUCAAAACGAUCAAUCUAGCAGUGUUGAUACUAGACAAUUAGAAACAAACGAUAAUGAUUGUCUUAUUCAACAUCUUCUAGAAAAUGAUAAAAAAUUAGCAGAAUUAGUUCGAAUUCAAGAAGAAAUUUAUGCUCGUAAUCAACAAUAUCUUCUCCAAUAUGAUGAACGAAUAGCAGCAUUUAUUCGUUUUCAAGAACAAACUAAUACAAAUUUUAUGCAACAACAGAUAAAUCAAAAUGAACGUUUGUCAUCACUUAUCCAUGUUCAAGAAGAACAACAGCCAAAUUAUGCUUAUCUACAACAACAACUUUUCAAUCAAAAUCAACCAUCAAUACAACUUGAACAAAGACAACAAGAACAAGAAAAAAAUGAUCAAAUGACAAAACGUAUUCUAUUCAUCGGUCCAACUGGUUCAGGUAAAUCAACGCUAAUUAAUGGUUUAUUCAAUGAUGAUGUCAAGAAAGAAUCUUUGUUAAUACCUGCUAUUACUAAUGAUACAUCUUCUCGUGUUACAUCUGUUUUUACUACUUAUUAUGAUUUUCCAACCUAUGCUUAUACAGAUUCAUAG